CAACCUUGUUAUAAUAAAGUAUUCAAUACGAAAAAUAACCAGUAUCAUGAACAUUGCUGAAGUCGGAUUCAAAGAGCAAAAUCCAAUAACUAUGACUAAAAAAUCAAACAGUAAGAGUAAAGAAUUCUUGUAUGAUAAUUCGAUAUCGAAACGAUUAAAUCGUAAAAUUAAUGUAAUCGAAGCCAAGCUGAAUGUCACGAAACGUGUAAUCGAUCCUCCAAAAAAAGAAAAAAGAAAUCCAACCUCGUUGGACGUUUUAACCGAUUUUUUGGAGAGCACUUCCGUGCACGGUUUGCAAUAUUUCGGUAAAACGGAUAUAGAAGUCGGAACAUUUGGAAAGAUUUUAUGGAGUGUCACCAUAUUCAGUUGUUUCAUCGGUUUGAGUUUAAUGGUUGUGCAAUUUCUACAUCGUUACAAUGAAAAUCCGACCAAUACGUACAUACUGACUUUCGACGAACCGAUAUUCAAAGCUCCUUUCCCUGCUGUAACCAUCUGUCCGACUAUGCCAAUUCCUAUGCGAAAGCGUCUAGCCAUUUUGGAGAACGCGAUAUUGCCUGAGAACGUGAGCAGAGAAUUUGCGUUAAACAUAUUGAAGUAUGUAUACAAAUUGGAAAAAAAUAUUGUAAAAGAAAAAUACCGAUGAGAUGGAAAUUGCGUGAAAUUUGACAUAGAUACGG